AUGUGGCGGUGGGAGGGUACACAAAGAGUGAUUUUGUUGGCAUGCGGUUCGUUCAAUCCACCAACCCUGAUGCACUUGAGAAUGAUGGAGGUUGCACGAGAUCAUCUGGAGAAACAACUACACUGUACGGUCCUCGAAGGAUUGUUGAGUCCAGUGGCGGAUUCGUUUAAUAAGCCUAAUCUCGCGUCCGCUCAUCACCGCCUUGCCAUGAUAGAGGCAGCCACUGCACACUCGAAAUGGCUUCGAGCUGAUGGUUGGGAAUGUAGACAGAAAUCAUGGUCUCGGACCGUGUUGGUGCUCCAGCAUCACCACCAGGAGGCACGAAGGAAAUUGCAAACCGACGUCCGUCUCGUUCUGGUGGUUGGUGGCGAUGUAGUCGAGUCCUUUACGAGAGUGCUACCAAGCGGUGAUCCCCUCUGGCAUCCGAGUGAUGUUCGAGAGAUCAUCACAAAGUUCGGCCUUAUCGUUAUCCGACGUGAAGGCGCGGACCCAGUCAGGGCUCUGCGAUCCAUUUCCUGUUUACGAGAUGUUAUAGAUCAAGUGCUUAUUCUUGCUGAUGAUAUUUGUCCAUGUAGUAUUAGUUCUACGAAUAUACGAACAGCUGUAUCUGCUGGUAGAUCCAUUAUGUUCACAACUCCUUUCGCUGUUAUUGACUACAUUCAGAAAACUGGUCUUUACACCAGUAAUAAUCGUUUCACUUAA